AUUGCCUCAAUAUCCAAACCAAAGAAAAUAAAGACUUAUACCUACUACCUAGUCUGUCAAAACUCAAAGGUAAGUAAGACAUCAGUGGUCGGGAUCUGAUUCUGGGACACAAAAUGUGCGAGGGAGCUGUCCCAAAACUGGGCACCACAAUUCACAUUACAGCCCUAGACGGCAUCAUCAACGUCAACUCGCUUUUCACACUAGCAGUAUUCAUCGGACUAGCUUGGAAUCCCCACGAUCAGAACAACAGCCUCGCCACUGACACCAACUGUUUUGCGAAGCCCAAGGUUGCCGAGGAUCUCGUCGCCUUCCACGUCUAUUCCUUCAGCUGUUUCCUCUUUUCUAGCCUCAUUGCUUUGUGCCUUAAGCAAGCUAUUCGCCUUGCUAAAUCUGCCCACCAUUUCCCCACCAUCUAUUCGCUUGACUUGGCCCAAAUUAACAAGAACGCGCUUCGGGUCGGGUACCUUGUUUCUGCUGCCGGUUCUGUUUGCGGGUCGGUGUUUUUGAUGCUUGCUUUGAUCAAUGUGGUUCAGAUCAAGCUUGGGAUUUUGGGAUGUGGGAGCAAACACACCUAUGGAGCUGUUAUUCCACUUGUGAUUUUUGUUCCCUUAGGGCUCCUUAUUAAUGUUUGUACUGUUUUUUAUGCUUUCACUCGUUAAUUUCUUUUCUUUUCUUUUUUGUCCUUUAUAUGCGUGUAUCAGUGUAUCCUUAAUAUGUAUUUUGUCUCUAUUCCUGAGAUUA